GUCACAGUUUACCUACUUCAAUAGUUUGGCGCUCAUAAAUCUGCCAAUGGUCUAAUAAACUUCCAGUUUGGGAGCAAAACAGAGUUCAUUUCAAGUUUCUAUAAUGGCAUCUCUAGCAGCAUUCCACCUUAGCAAUCUUGAUGGUGACCAAAUAGAAGAAGAUGAGAGCUUUGUCUAUGCCGGGCAACUGGCAAACUCACUUGUGCUGCCCAUGGCCCUGCAAACGGCCAUUGAGCUCGGAGUUUUUGAAAUCUUGGCCAAAGCAGGUCCAGGAGCCAAGCUCUCCCCCUCACAGAUUUCAACAGAGAUGCCCGCCACAAAUCCUGAGGCACCCGAGAUGCUAGAUCGCAUCCUGAGGAUGCUAGCUAGCCAUUCUGUGCUGAAUUGCUAUGUGGGUGUUGAUGAUGCUGGGUCUUUUCAGAGGCUCUACGCUCUUUCACCUGUGUCUAAACAUUUUGUCACUGUCCAAGAUGGGGGUCUCGUUCCACCCUAUGAUGGCCUUGCUUCAAGACAAAGUCUUCUUAUUCUAUUUAGAUAGCUGGUUCAAACUGAAAGAUGCAAUUCUUGAGGGAGGAAUUCCAUUCGACAGGAUUCAUGGCACGAGUGCCUUUGAAUAUUCCAGCUUGGACCCCAAGUUUAAUCAUGUUUUUAACACAGCUAUGUUUAACCUCACUACAAAGGUUAUGAAGACCAUCCUUAUGUGCUACAAGGCUUUGAGCAACUCUCUGUGACUAAUUAUUACACCCAUUAUUUCACAAAAACUUAUAUAUAUAUAUAUAUAUAUAUAUUUUACUA